AUGCCUCGUGUUUCAGAUCCAUUUGAAGAUAGUGAACCAUCAACAGAUGAUGACGAAGAAAAAAUUACAAAUCGACGUAAUUGGCGUAGAUAUGGAUGGAGAAUUUAUCAAUUAGAUAAUCCAUGUUCGAUACUAUUCUUGUCCGAUAAUAAUCAAUUAGUUGUGCUUAAUGAAGGUGUAAUUAAAUUUCUGACCAUCGAACUUGAAGAUAAUCGGCCAUUUGUUCAAGGACCAUCAAAAAAUAUUUUUUGUUAUGAUUUUGAUGUAUUUAAUAAUGGUGGGAAAAGACUAAGUGUUCAACCAUGGUCGAUUGCAUUAACUUCAACAGUCGGAGUUUUUGUCUUCAGCUUAUUAGACAAUUCUCAGCUUUACACAUUGGAUACACGAAAUCAAAAUACAAUAAUUCAAACAUUGACUACGACAGUCAUACACAAUUGUCCAUGUCUUCUUUUCCAUCCACAAUCAAAUAAAAUUUUUGUUUAUGACUCAACACAAAUCUUGGCUAUGUCACCUGAUGAUGGAACGACGGUGAACGUGGAUUUACCAUUUAUUGAACGAGGAAAAAUAAUUUCGACUAUGGCUAUUGAUAAGAUAGGACAUAUUUAUAUCUUAUCUGACUCAACAAUUUUCAAAUGUACAUGGCAAUCACAACUACAUCUUGUUGAAUGUCUAGGGAAAAUAGACGUUUCAAUAAGUGAUACUCAAAUGAUUGUUACAGAUCAAGGAAAUCAAUUCUAUUUUCCAGAUAUGGGCAAGGGUUGCUUAUAUCGAUGCAGAAAAAUCAAUGGAUAA